AUGCAGCCUUUUGUCUCCUGUCUUGCGUUCGCGACCUUCAUUUCGCUGGUGUCUGCUCACACCCAAAUCUGGUAUCCCGAGUGGCGGGCAGACUCCUUCGACCUUCCCUUUUCACAGCGGAUAUACCCCUGUGCCGGCAUAUCUGAUAAUGCCACGACGCCUCGCACAGAGUGGCCCCUGACUGGAGGCUCUCUCAAUGUCACUCUCCACGACGCCGCCGCCUACAUCUUCAUCAAUCUCGGUUUCGGGGCCAACUCGUCCGACUUUAACAUCACGCUGUUCUCUGCCCCCCUCAACGAGACAGGACCCGGCAACCUCUGCUUCCCCAAGCUAACAUUACCGUCUGGCCUUCCAAUCCAGGAGGGGACACAGGCGUCCAUCCAGUUUGCCACUGCUGGCCAUAAUGGCGAAGGCCUGUACAAUUGCGCUGACAUCACCUUUACCAACAAUGCCACUUUGUUGCCCUCGGACCAGUGUCAGAACAGCUCUACUGUGAGCGUUACGACCCUUGGCUCUUGUCCAGUCCUCGCGACGAACUCUAGCUCUGAGCCCAGCUCUACCUCAGCGUCGAGCUCAUCGGCGGCGGGUAUCUUUGCUCCUUCGGCAUUGAUAGUGCUUUUGGGAAGUCUGUUUGUUGUCGUGUGGUAG